UGACGGACAAGAAGGACCCAUUCAGCGACUCAAACGAGUUUCCUGCGGCAGGCCCUUCCGGUGCUCACGCUUCUUCCAAUAUUCCGCUCAUACCUCAGGUCCAAGACAUCGAGUCUUUCCCGCAUGACGCGCUGGACGCGGCUCCGAAAUACACCGAACACGCCCUGGAGGACGUGUACAUGCCUGCUGGUGGCGAGGAGCCUCCUCCAGAGUUUGCGCCAUACGAAGCCGAGUUCUUCAUCUCGGGGCGCGACAUUGUCUCGCACGACCCACAUUUGAACCAAGACGGUGAAGCGCUCUACCGUUUUCUUCUGUCGCAAUCGCGGACACCGCCCGAGUAUCUUCUCCAUGCGCGCGGUACCCAUACGGAGCACAAAACCCGCACAGUGUUCCGCAACGACUCGAAGGGACAAUCCCGGGCUCACACCGAAACUUACACCGAAACAGUCACAGACUUUGAUUUCUACGUCAACAUCGGCGCGCAGAUCGUGCACGGUCCAAUUCACUGGACAGUCCCGGACGCAGAACCUGCAUAUAGGGGCGAGAUGGUCCCCCAGGUCGACUCCAACGACCUUGCUCCUCCGGAUCCUGAGAUAGGCCAGACUGGCGGGCGGCGCAAGGCGACGAAGCAGGAGAUCAAAGCAGCCAAGGAGCGCAAGCGCCUCCGAGAGGCACACGGUCUUCCGCCGUGGAUCGAGCCUGGUCCCGACUCGUGGUACAACUCAAGCGGCACUAUUGCUCCUGCGGAAGCGCAUGUGCUGGGCUCGUCCAAGUCGCUCAGGGAGUGGGCGGACGAGUAUUGCGCGAGUGACAAGCUCCUGAAGGAGUUCACUUACACCAAGGUCAUCUACGGCUGGAACAUCGCCAACCUGCAAGAAGCCGUCACCUCCGCCAUCCGCUCCGUCUACUCCCACAACGUAAAGCUUGAGUUCACCAUGUCGCACCACAAGAUCCGCAUCCGCCCCGACAACCGCCUCGCGCGCACGCUCUCCAACAAGUGGCUCCUCUUCCUCCUCUGGAUCCUCUUCAUCUACCCCUUCAUCUGGCUCUACAAGCGCUUCAGCCGGCGCGGCGGCGGCCGCUGGGAGGUCUGCGGGGGCGCGUACGCGCUCAAGACGUGGCGCGUCGAGCCGGGCGCGGUCCCCCCACCCCCAGAGGCGAACGACGGGCGGUGGAAGCAGACAAGGGACGGGCCGGUGCACCUCAUUGGGGAGCGCGAGGGCGAGUGGUUCCAGCGCUGGGAGGGACCGAUUCGGCGGGCGGUGAUGGGCAGGGUGCAGUCCAAGACGCCUCUUGAGAUUGCAAAUGAGCCUGCGUUGAUGUUGGACGGCUAUCGCCCCUCGUACAGCUCGUUCCCGCGUCUUGUGUGAGCCGUACUUACCGGCUUCGACGCUUGUAUCUUAUUUACCACACC